GGUCAGCAGGAGGACAUGCACCGCAUUGUGCUCUACCAGUCAGACGACACCCUCACGCCCUGGACUCAGCGCUGUAUCCGGCAGGCCGACUGUAUCUUGAUUGUGGGCCUGGGCGAGCAGGAGCCGACCGUCGGGGAGUUGGAACGGAUGCUGGAGAACACGGCCGUCCGAGCUCAGAAACAACUGAUUUUGCUGUAUCGAGAAGACGGCCCUCUCCCUUCCCGGACGGUGGAGUGGCUCAACAUGCGCAGCUGGUGCUCGGCCCACCUUCACCUCCGCUGCCCUCGCCGAGUCUUCUCCCGGCGGAGCCUGCCCAAACUGAAAGAAAUGUAUGAACGCGUCUUCCAGAAACCUGCAGACAGACACUCCGACUUCUCCCGGCUAGCUCGCGUCUUGACGGGGAAUGCCGUGGCUUUGGUCCUCGGAGGAGGUGGCGCACGAGGAUGUUCCCAAGUCGGGGUGAUCAGAGCGCUGAACGAGGCUGGAAUCCCCGUUGACAUGAUUGGCGGCACGUCCAUCGGCUCCUUCAUGGGCGCCCUGUACGCGGAAGAGCGAAGCUACACCCAGAUGCGGAUCAAAGCCCGGCAGUGGGCCAUGAAUAUGAACUCGGUGCUGAAAACGGUUCUGGAUUUGACCUACCCCAUCACCUCCAUGUUCUCCGGAGCCUCCUUCAACAACGGGGUCUGCAACAUCUUCAGAGAUAAGCAGAUCGAGGAUCUCUGGAUUCCUUUCUUCAUCAUCACCACAGACAUCACGGCCUCGGCUAUGAGGGUCCACACCGACGCGGACGUUGCACGCUCCAUGGGAGCCAAGAUCGUCAUUGCCAUCGACGUGGGCAGCCGAGACGAGACGGAUCUCACCAAUUACGGCGACGCUCUUUCCGGCUGGUGGCUGCUGUGGAAGCGGUGGAACCCGUUAGUGGAGAAAGUGAAGGUGCUGAACAUGGCCGAGAUCCAGACUCGGCUGGCCUACGUCUGUUGCGUCCGGCAGUUGGAGAUGGUCAAGAACAGCGACUAUUGCGAAUAUAUCCGUCCGCCUAUCGAUCGCUACGGGACGCUGGACUUUGGGAAAUUCGAUGAAAUCUGUGAAGUCGGCUACCAGCACGGGAAGACGGUUUUUAACGUUUGGUGCCGGAGUGGAGUCCUGGAGAAGAUGCUGAAGGACCGGCAGGAAGGCUGCCAGUCUAAACCCUCCUGUUACGUGACCUGCCCCACCACCUCUUUCACGGAUUUGGCUGAAAUCGUCUCCCGAAUUGAACCGGUGAAGGCCAUCCUUGUGGACGACGAAUCCGACUACCAGACCGAAUACGAAGAGGAGGUUUUUGACAGCCAGAAGGACGACUACGUCAGUUUCCUGACCAGCGAGACGGAAAUAUAUACGGAUUCCCAGGAUCAAGAAAUCCGGCUAAGGCGGCCUGUCCGUGGCGACUCGGAAGACAGCCAACUGGCAGCCUAACAAGACCCACCUUGGCCCACCUGGCU